AUGCAAUCGACAACAAAGAUCGUCGAGGUCGGCCGCGUCGUGGCGCCGGCCACCGCCGCGACGUGGCCGCGGGGCGAGUCGUCGUCGCUCGUCAAGCUGUCCGCGCUGGACGCGCCGUGGCUCCUCGCGCCGCUCAUCCAGCGCGUGCUGCUCUUCGUCGACGGCGACGGCGGCCAGGAGCUCCCGCCCUUCGAGUCCAUGGUUGCCUCCCUCCGCGCGUCGCUAGCCGCCACGCUCGCGCGGUUCCCCCCGCUCGCCGGGCGGAUCGUCUUCCUGCCGGACACCGGCGACGCCGCCAUCGACUGCUCCUCUGACCCCGACAGCGACAGAGGCGGCGUUCGGUUCGUGGUGGCGGAGAGCGAGGACGCGGACGCGGCGAGGCUGGCCGGGGACGCGGACCACGACGUGGGGGCGUUCAAGCAGCUCGUCCCGGAGCUCGAGACGGGCAAGCUCCCGGCGGAGGCGCUGGCCGUGCAGGUGACGCGGCUCAAGGGAGGCGCGGCGGUCGGCGUGGCGAUGCACCACGCCGUGGUCGACGGCCGGUCCGUGUGGAGGUUCCUCGAGGCUUGGGCGGCGGUUUGCCGCGGGGACAUUGCGGAUGCCACGGCGCAGGCGCCGGUAGGGUUCGACCGCGCGGCUUUGGGGCUCCCCGACGGCGAGGAGCUCGCCAGGAGCGUGCUUCGCAAGUACGCGGCCGAUCUACCAGCGGUAGCAGAGUUGCCCGUCGCCGCAAACCUCCCCCGCCGGACCUUCACCAUAACCACAGACCGCAUCAACAACCUGAAACAACGCAUCACCGACGCCUCCGUCACAAGCUCGCCGUCGCAAACCGCCACACCAUCGAGCUUCGUGGCCGUCACGGCGCUCGCCUGGGCGUCUUUCGUCCGCUCCAAGAACCCAUCCGCCAUCUCCCCUGACGACGACGUCUACCUCUUCUUCCUCGUCGACUGCCGCGGGCGAUGCGGCGGCAGCAUCGAGGACUACUUCGGGACGUGCAUCACCGGGUGCUUUGCCAAGGCCACGGCCCGGGACCUCCUCGCCGACGAUGGUGUCUCCGCCGCCGCCGCCGCGGUGCAGGAGGAGGUCCGGCGGGCGGCGGAGGACCCGCUGGCCCAGUGGGACUGGAUGGGCCUGGCUUGGUCGCCGUUGCCCAAGGAGCGGCUGGUGAACGUGUCCGGGUCGACGCGGUUCCCGGCGUACGAGGCGACUGACUUCGGCUGGGGCGCGCCUGGCAGGACGGAGCUGGUUACCAUGAAUCAUGGCGGGCAGGUGGUGCUUGUCGGAGGCAAGGGCGGCGGCGGCGGCAUGCAGGCGUCCGUGUGCAUGGAACCGGAGUAUAUGGAGGCGUUCAGCUCACACUUUCUGAAUUUCUAAGAUCGAUUAAUCAUGAACUUGUAUGCAGAGCGCACAUCGGCACAUGCAGCGACUAAGAUUGAUCAACGUGCUUAUAGAUUCCUUACCUUUUUUCAUCAAGUAAUC